AUGUCCUCAGUUGCAAGUUUAUUCAUUGAUAAGACUAAAACUCCUAGUAAGGAGGAUCAAGGUAUAAUGAAUAUUGGAAAGAAUUGCUCGUAUUGUAGUCAACUUGACUUUCUACCUUUUCAUUGUGAGUAUUGUAACAAGACUUUUUGCUCACAACAUCGAACUUUAGAACAACAUCACUGUCCAAAUAAAGAUAAAUUUUAUAAUCAACAAAUACCAACUUCAUCAACUUCGUCUAGUACUACCAUAUCAUCAAAAUCACUAUUUCCAGAUAGAGAGGCAGAUAGAAAAUUAAUCAAUGAAAGAUUAAAAAGUCCUGAACCUACAACUAUUAAAGAAACUCAAUUUAGAGUGGGGGAUGUUGCCACAAAUAAUGCUUUCAAAAAAUUUCAGCAAUUUCUAAAUCUUAAAAAGGAAAGACAAAAGGGAUCUUCCAUAUCCAAGAUAUUUGGAAAAUCUUCAUCAUCAUCAAAAUUUGCAGAUAUAGCGAAAUUGAAAAAAGAAGCUAAAGGAGAUAAUAAAAUCAAAGUCAAUGAUAAAAUUUACAUUUGGUGUAUUUAUGUCAAAGAUCCAAAAAUCAUUGAAACAACCAAGCAACCGGUAUUUAUAUCUAAAAAUUGGGUGGUUGGAAAGUCACUAGAUAGUAUAGCUGAAAUUCUAAAAAUCUCAAACACCAAUAAUUCAACCACCAAUUCCAAUGAGAAAUUAAAUAUAUUUACUUAUAAUGAACAAACUAAUGAAUCAAAACAAAUUAAAAAUUCAGAAAAAUCAAAUAUUUUUACUAAUGGAGACAUUAUUUAUUUAGUUAGAGGUACUAUUUAA